AUGUCUCCAUUAGCUGCUAUAUUGCAAUCAUAUCACGCCAAGGUUGAAGAAAAGAACCCAAUAUACCAUCCGGUAAAGAAAAGCGGCUCACUUACGAGUUUGAGCAUUGACGAAGUUGUUGUUCGCGUACCAUCUGUGAGUAAUGACCAAAACUUUACUUGUCAGUCCGCCAUAUUGUUGAAUGAGAUGCUAGCUCAAACACCCAAGCCUCAAUUUAAUGACGAUGCGGUAUUGUCACAUGUUAGACCAGUUAGUGUUCUCUUUGGCGCAAAAGAUUGGUUGACUGAUAAAGUCACCAUUGGGUUUGCUAAUCACCACUGCCCACAAUUAAGUACAAGCUAUCCCCCUAACAGUAGUGGAUUCAAGUUUUCCAACGAAUGUGACACCAACGAUAGAUCAAACGGACAAAAGCCGGAAACAUCACGCAACCCUUCAAGUACAUCAUCAUUAUCGUCUGCUAACACCGUGGUCUCAUCAAUACCUGUCUCCAAAUUGUAUCAAAAUCCUCAUAAGGCAAUUGAACAGUCGCAGCUAAAUCAGAUUCAAACUGAUAAUGACUUAUAUUCUUUGGUUGAACAAAACUUGCGAUUCACACCCACAUUGUAUCGAAUGUCACCAUUUGCAAUUAGCCAUGAAUUUUCCAUUGAUGAUACCCAAGAAACGUGCCCCCUUUCAAUAUGUCCGUGGCAAUUACAACCAAACAAGAUAAAUUACCUGCAACCAACACCAAUUCAUCUAAAACUUAAAAGAGGUUUACUUGAAAACAUCCAAGAUGUGUUUAAUCAAACAGUUGACGAUGAUGAUGAGGGCAUCUUAAAUUUGGAUCAACAAGAAGGUUCAGGGUUUCAUGAUUGUAUAAUGGAGAUGUCAGUUCCUCCGUCAACUUCACCAAAAUACUACUCGUUGUCAAGAUUAUCAUCUCCUCAGUUGACCAAAUUGUCAAUGUUCAAAUUUACAACAACACCUGCACCACCAGAUACAUUUGAAAUCCCCGUGGCUCCUGAAACUACUCCAGUGUCAAAUGCUGGUAUAUCUGUCAAUGUUAGUCCCUUUUCUGAACAUGAUGAGAAUAAUCAUUCGGACGAUGAUAUUGCCAUUUGCAAGACUGAAACUUCCCCAAAAUCAACCUGGAGUGACUCAUCUGAUUUUUACCAUGCUGCCACCUCAGGGCUUGAUGCGUCCAGGUUAAAAGAUUAUAAAAAGGCAUUCUUUGGCCAAUACAGUAAGGCAUCCAUCACAAAGGUUAAGAUGGCUGAAUCUGAUAAAAAGUUUUUACGCAAGAAUGAUCUGAAAUCAAAUUACUUUACAUUGAUUGAUAAUUUGGAUAUAUUCACAUGUUCAAAAUUUGCUUGUGCAAGAAGGUACAACUGUCCUGUGAAAGAGUGUCCCAUGUAUUUCCUUGGUAUCAAAAAGAAAGCUGAAUUGAAACAUCAUGUACAUUAUGAGCACUUGAAAAAUGGACUUGUUAAGUUUAGUUGUCGCGAAUACGAAGAUGAAAUAAUGAAGAUUUUGUUUGUUUGUAAUGAGGCUGGAUGUGGUAAAGCUUUUUAUCGGUGUGAUUCACUAAACAGACAUGUCAAUUUGGUUCAUGGGAAUAGACGGAAAGGAGGUGUCAAAAGAAAGUUGGCUGUUGUUGUUGGCGAAGCUGAAAACGUUGACGAUGAAUAUGUGGUUAAUUAUGACGGUGAUAGUGAGUUAGAUAAUCAAAGUGUUUCUGAUAGUAAAGUGGGUACCACACUGGGAAAAAGAAGAAAGUUGUCCAACUAA